GUUUCGGGGAAUAUUUAAAACAUGCUCUCUAGAAUUUCUUGGCCAAGGUCCACUAACAUCAAAGCUCCUUGAACUUGGGAUUUCCAGGCAUUGCUGAGGAGCAUUUCUAAUUAUAAAUUUUCAACAACAUUUAGAUAAGACCAUUUACAGUAAGUCUUUUCACAUCUUCUUUCUUCAGGGACUGAAAACUGCAACUAUUAGUAAAAAUGACUCACAGAUUAAUCAUCAUGCUAAGCCUGGUGGUUCUUUAUAGCUCCUUUAUAAUGCGAAGAAAAAUAUGUUACUGGCAUUUGGUACAAGAAUGGCAUUCGUGACCCUCAUCAUACAUGGUGAGCCGGAUGCUUACAGAACACUUUCGCACAGAUUUCCCCAGAGACUGCUGGCAAGAAAUUCCCCAGAUUUGGUCUUGGCAAGUUCAGUUAGGAGACAUCCUUGUAAUUUCUUCUGAACCACCUCUUCUAUUUCCAGAGAUAAAGUUAAUAAAUGUUUCUGAAACAUCUUUCUACUGUAUGCAAAAUACCAGAGUUGUGUAUCAGUUACUUUUUGAUUCCAAAUUUCAAGAGAUGCACCCUGUUAAUCCUCCAUGGCUGAAUGUUGAGGCACAUUAUUUUAGUACAAGUAAUGGUAAAUAGUCUAUCACUUUGUCAACAGGGACUUCAACUGAAUGUGUCAGUGAACAGCAUUUCUGCCAAGAAUCUCUAAGUGCAGAAUUUUGCUCUGGACACAGUAAAUGUCUUAGUGAAUUGUAGAAGAAGAUAUACAACUGCCAUUGUCAACCUCUAUUUUCUGGAAAAUACUGCAAGAACAAUGGCAGUUGCAUUAAGAGCAAGCGAGUUUAUCAAUGCAUCUGUCACCCAUAAUUUACAGGAAGAAAUUGUUCAGAAAUUAUCUGCCAGCAUCAACCAGGUAAUUGUUACCACAGAAACUGCCCCAAAAGAACUUCAUUUGUGAAUGUGGUGAAAGAUUUUCGGGGCCUGUUCCUCAGCCAGCACCUUCUGCUGCUCAUCCUGGAGUUCAGCAAGUUCUCCCAUCACCUGCUUAUCCUUACGGUCCUCAGCAAGCUCCUCCGUGUCUGCACCAUCAAUGUGCAGACCCACACUCUUGCCCAUGGACACAACCUCCUCCACUCCCUGGUGGCAGAACCUUCAGAGUCAUGGUCAGCAACACAUUCUGGUCUUAGCUUCCUCCAGGGUGGACAGCAGGGCUGGCUGAAAGCAUAUAAGACCAAUGCAAACCUCAAAACCCAGAUAAUAGCCAAGUGUGCAGAUGCACAUGCACCUUUCGAGGGUGAAAUAAUCAGUGAAGACAGAAAUGUGGACGUUCUGAAGCAGCAGCGAGAAGACAGCAGUUGGACUUUGGAGAUUUCCAACGAUGGAAGACCAGUCUCAGCCCCCACAUCCAGAGGCCUAGAUCAGCUCUACACCCUGCACAUCUCUGGGCAUAACAUGGACAUUAUCACAGGACUGUGA